CACACACACACACACACACACACACACACACACACACACACUCUUCUAGGUUUCGUUUCUCCCUGCAGCGGCUCUGAGCUCUCGUCAUGGCCGCGGUGGAGCAGAGUGACUUGUCUCUCAUGAGUCUGGAGGAUGAGCUAACCUGCAGCAUCUGCCUCAGCCCCUUUGACUGUCCGGUGACCAUCCCCUGCGGACACAACUUCUGCCAGGGCUGCCUGCUCACCACCUGGACGGAGCCCUACAGAUGUCCCCAGUGUCGGACCCUCUUCCACACCAAACCCGAGCUGAAGAAAAACACGGUCCUCAGCACCGUGGUGGAGGCCUUAAACUUGAGGCUGGUCCGGAGCGCGUCGAGCCUGUCAGCAGAGGAGAAAGAGACCAAGGAAGAGACCCGGGAAGAUGCUGUCAUACGCUGUGACACCUGUAUGGAAGCAGAGGCGGCCAACACCUGCCUCACCUGCAUGGUCUCUUUCUGCGAGGAGCACCUGCGUCCUCACCGGGAGAACCCGGUGUUCCGUCUCCACCAGCUGAUCGAGCCAGUCGGGGACCUGUUGGAGCGCUUGUGCCCGGACCACCACAAGCUGAUGGAUCUCUUCUGCAGCCAGCAUGUCCGCCCCAUCUGCAGCCUCUGUCUCCAGCAAGACCACAAGGGCUGCUCCUUCACUUCUCCUGAGGAGCAGAGGAAGCUCAAAGAGUCUGAACUCGAGGGCAAGUUGGGUUUGCUGGACGGGAAGAUUAAGACGACUGAGACAGUAAUGUCUCAAAUGAACGACCACCACAGCAGACUGGAGAAUGCUGCAGCCCAAAAAAAGAAGGCAUUGGCCACUGUGUAUCAGCAGAUGCGGGAAGAGUUGGUCCAAGAGGAAUGCAAAGCCCUAAGUGAGGUGGAAGGCGAGCUGGAGAUUGGUCAGACGAAACUUCAGGAUUUCACGAAGAAGUUAACUGACAACGCUGCUAAGAUGAGGAAAGCCCAGGAAGCUUUGAGCUGUCAGCUAGGUCGCUCCCAAACCAUGGGCUUUCUGAAGGCUUCAUUUAACUUGCCAAAGGCUGUGAAGUUUGAGCCUCAGGUGCCUCGAGUCAGCCUGGACUCCAGGAAGGUAACUUUAACUCAGACCUUCGCUGGAGCAUUGAAGAUGCAUCUGACCGAGAUCCUCAAACUGCCUGUUGAGGCCAGACUAUCAAUAAUAAAACCAGUUCUACCCGAGCCUCCCAGGCCCUUCCAUCCACUUCCUGUACCUAGGAUUUAUAUGGCCCCCCACACAGGCUGGAGUUCACCGCAGUAUGCACAUAAUAUGUCACCAGGCCUCAACUGGGCUCCGCCAAUCAAUCAACCGCAAAAUACAAGAGGAACCAGAAAACCUCGAAACCGGAUGGGAAAAGGGAUUCAAGCUCGAUCGAUGGAAAACCUGUUGGAUUUGGGAUUUUCGGCUGCACCGCAACUCAGUCCAAAACCAGGCAAACAUCAACCCAGAGCUACAGGUGGAAACAAGCCAGACUUGAUCUGAUAUUACACAAGAAAGAUGAUCCCAACAGCAGUCCUCCUUCUGAGAAAUCAACUGGACUCCAUGUACGGUCUAAAACCAAUAACUAGAUGCAGCAGCAGAUGUAUUUAGCUUCUGCAGUCAUAGUACUCACAUCUCACUACUUGCCCUCUCUGUGUCAUUGAAAUGUGGAAAUUCUCACUGAUUCAGACAACAGGGAAUGAUACUGAUGUGUUGCUUAAACAAAGUGUACUAUUAGCUUUACUAAUAAAUAAUGGAUAUAAAUCUUUUUUGUGUGAAAAGAUGGCAUAUUUAAUGUAUGAAUGAUUGAUAUAGUGUGGUUGUUUGGCAGUUGAAGUCAAUGUCAAAUAUUCAGCUCUUUUAAUCCAAGUGUUUCUUACAUUGGCAAACUAGAGUGGCACACAGUAAUGCACUAGAAUCACUCAGUUCCUGGAAAUGCAUCUAAUGCAUUAUCUGUUAUCUAACAGAGUGAAAACAUAAUGUCCUUGUCAGAGGAUUCUACUACAAUGUGAUGGUUUUGAAUACGAUUUAAUGAAAACACAGAAACAUAUUGCUUAUAUAUGAAAAUAUUUAAGAGAAUGUCUUCAAACUCAAAAUACUGCUUCAUUACAUUCAGUUCAAGAUCUGUGAUUUAGCAAAUUCAGUAAACCCUCUUAUACCAUCUUUGUAAACAUCUAUGAUUGACACAAUUUUUACCAAUAAAAGCUUCUCCUUUGCAAGAAA